AUGCGUCCUACCCCAGCUCUGCGGAUGCAAGCUACCCGCAUCCUCCGCUCCGGUCACGGCCCUGACCCGAAGAAUGGAGUGUACGGGAUUGUCCAGUCCUUGAAGCCCUCGGAUCCUUCCCAGCAACAUGUUGCACCUAACCACCAGCUUGCCUCUGAAACCACCAACAAGACAUUGACUUUGGACACAGGGUCUCCGACACAAAAGAACAUUGUCACGUAUGCUAUGUCGCCGAACCGACAGAACCCUACGUCUACCCUCCUUUCCGACGCCAUCUUCAACACUUUCCGCCGAUCACGAAACCAGGUUCUGUACUGGGUACCUCCCUUCUUGAUUGCGUACUUGGCGAUGGACUGGGCAACAGAGAGGAACGAAUAUCUCAACUCGAAACCAGGACGAGCCGAGUAUGAAGAGUAG